AUUAAGGUUUUUUAUGUAACCUUUCAUGUUCUUUCCUGUGAGAUCAACUUAUUUUUGUCACUACUAUGGAGAUCUAUUUCUCUGUUACUCUGCCAUUUUUAAUUUUAAUAAUGAAAGUUUAGGGUAGAUUACGACUUUCCAAAUGGCGGAUGAGUUGGGUAAUAAAUUUUUCUGGAGAGCUGUGUUUGCAGAAUUUUUUGCUACAACCAUGUUUGUCUUCCUGGUCACAUCGGUGGUCGAUGCCAGUGCCCGCUAUGGAGGGCUCACACAAGUAGCAUUAGCAAUCGGCCUUGGUGCAUCUGUAUUGGUGCAAAUAGUUGGACCAAUCAGUGGAGCACAUUUUAAUCCAGCCGUUACCAUUGGUGUGUUUCUUAAUCGGGGCUGCAGUUUCUGGAAAUUGUUGUUUUACAUUCCUGCGCAAUUUAUUGGAGGUAUUGUUGGUGCAGCAAUAUCGUAUGGAUUAACUCCAAAAGACGUUAGAAAUUUUGGAAAACUUGGCAACCUGGUAAAGUUAGAAGAACUAAGUCUGGCCCAAGGGUUGUUUAUUGAGGUAUUCCUCACAAUGUUGUUGGUGCUCACCGUGCUGGCUUCCACAUCAUCAGAUAACAAAAGAAAAGAAGUGGGCUACGCAAAUGGUUUAGCCAUUGGGGUUUCGAUCACUGUCGCUCAUUUAGUUGGGAUAAUGUAUACCGGUUGUGGUAUUAACCCUGCAAGAGCUUUUGGACCUGCUGUGGUAUUUAAUUUUUGGGUGAAAUAUCAUUGGAUUUACUGGUUUGGACCUUAUAUUGGAGGUAUCUUAUCUGGAUUGUUGUACCGGUUCGUUUUUGGUGUGGAAGACACAAACCCGUCGAUCCAAGUGCAGGAAACUAAUCAGUACGUUAAUGUAGCAGAAUGAAUGAAUGAAUUCAAUUGGUGGAAAAUCAUAUACUGAGCUUCAACGAUUGGUUAAACCUUAAUUUUUGAAGAGAAAACACGAUUGUAACAUUUAUCUGGCAUUGUUGUUGUUUAAUGUAUUUUUGAUUGAUCUUUAAAUUGUAUGCAUUCUUCUUGCACUAGAUUUACCGAUUAAGAAGUGAUCAACCUUUGGGUUACGACAAGUUGUUUAUCGAUAUUUGAAAUGCAACACUAAUAAAAAAAGCUGUUAAAACUUUUGAUGGCCAGCAAUUUCAAAAAAGUUAAAACACGGUAUGGAAUUUAACUGUUUUAGCUACACUGCAAUACCGAAACAGAAAGGAAUAAAUUAUGUGCCGAAAAAUACCCAACAAGUUUUAGCAAGAUAUAUACCUUUUUGUAUUUCUAUAACAAGUAAAUAAAUAAA